AUGGCAGAUCAAUUAAAGGAUCCGCUGCCGACGUCCAUUGGCGACUUCGGCAACGACGAGCGCAUCUCCUUCUCCAAGCUGGACAACAAGUACCUGGCUGUCCUCGACGAUGGCACCGAGCUCGAGUUCGACCCCGCGACCGCGACAUGGGCUGAGGCAGCUGACGAACCUCUCGAGCCUCUCGACGACGACCACAACGCACAGCUCGCAGAUCUCUCGAGAAGCGCCAGUGCCAGCGUCGGCCCAGGAGGUAGCGAAGCACAAAACGCGAACUCCAGGAAACGCAAAGAUUCCCCGAGCGGGAUGGACGACAGAGGCGGAAAUGGAGGCAACGGAAACAAUCGCCCGGCAAAGAAGUCGAAACCUGCGCGCGCGCCGCCGCAGCCGCGCCAGAACACGGCCGUGUACGUGACCGGUCUGCCCACCGACGCAACAGCCGACGAGGUCCACGAGCUCUUCUCGCGCAAGGCAGGCGUCAUCGCCGAAGAAAUUGACAGUGGUCGCCCGCGCAUCAAGAUGUACACGGACGAGAGCGGCAACUUCAAGGGCGACGCGCUAGUUGUCUUCUUCAAGCCGCAGAGCGUCGAGAUGGCCAUCAUGCUCCUUGACGACACGGACUUCCGGUUCGAUGGCCCGGCGGGACAGCCGAGGAUGCGCGUACAAGCGGCGGACUCAAGUUACAAGAAGACACAAUACGAAGACGGGGCGGGAGCCGAGGGGAAGGAGAAUGGCGGGUCGUCCAACGGACAGCAGAAGAGAGAGCGCAACGACAAGGACAGGCAAAAGAUCAUUCGCAAGACGCAGAAGAUGGCAGCCAAGCUUGCUGAUUGGAGCGACGACGAGCCGUCUAUGAUGCCGACUGAGACCAACUCCAAAUGGGAUAAGACGGUCAUCUUGAAGCACAUGUUCACUCUCGAAGAGUUGGCGGAGGACCCAGCUGCGUUGCUGGAGAUCAAGGAGGAUAUUCGCGACGAGUGCUCCAAGCUGGGUACUGUGACUAAUGUGGUGCUUUAUGACAAGGAGCCGGAUGGUGUGGUGUCGGUCAAGUUCUCCAAACCAGAGUCGGCGCAGGCAUGCAUACAGCUUAUGAACGGGCGCAGCUUCGAUGGCCGAGUGGUUGAGGCGUCUGUGUCGACGGGUAGGGAGAAAUUCAAGCAAUCAAAGAAGGAUCAGGCAAGCGACAGUGACUGA